ACGCAUAAAUACCUGCGCGUCCAGAGGCUGCGUUCACUGUCAGCCUGUCUGCAGGUGGAGGAUAGAAGAGGAAGCUGAGAGACGCCAACAUGGUUCCACUGAGGCUGCUCGCCUUCGGAUUGCUCGCUGCAUCCUGGUACUUCACUCGAGCUGCUGAGGGAGAGGUCAUCUAUGCGUGUCAUAAUGAGACCGCUGAGAUGUCGUGUGAUGUUGGCAGUAAGAUAAAGCUGGAACACAUCCUGUACAAGGUCGGGGUCGGGACGAGGUGCGGGGAGGGAAAACAAUUCCCAGACGACGGACCGGAGAACUUCUGUUCCUUCCCCUGGGCGGAGAUGGUGGUGGAGGACCUCUGUGGGAACAGGAGGUCCUGUAAGGUCCCCGUCACUGAGUGGGUGUUUGGUGAAUAUCCCUGCAAAGAGGAGACCAGGUACCUGGAGGUAUCCUACACCUGUGCAACACCACCUCCUCCCCCUCCUCCACCACCACCUCCAACCAAACCUGACUGUGAAGAAAAACCAGCCGGUGACGCCUGAUGAUCUUAAAUUUGUAUUGUUCUUCUCUUUGGAACAGAAUAGCAUGAAGACUCAUCGUCGCCUCAACAUUUCAGAUCAAAGUUUAACUCUCAGUAAAAACCAAGAUAUCAUACUGUCUAACAACCAGAAAUAAACUUGUUCUUUAGAUCUUAAAGUUUGAGUUUCUGGGAGGAGGCAGAAGUGUUGAAUUCAUGUUUCUGAAUGCGUAAAAUAUACUUGAGCUUAUUUACUCAAAGAAGGAUUUGAAGUCAAUUCAAUAAAAGUUAUCUUCAAACUUUA